UCGAUUUGUUGGGCCUCAGCUAGUGUCGGUAGAGUCCGUCUUCUCGGGAUUAUCCUAAAUGUGUUAAAAUCCGCAGGAAAAGCCGCGAAUUCACGAUGACUCCGAGUGCAUAACAGUGAAGGAGUGUUCUAGGAUAAAGAAGUGAAAGGUGGAACUUGUGUUGAUGCCAUCCGGAUGGGGAUGUAGACAGGGGUGAUAAUAGAUUUUUUUUGGCAUUUGGUUAUGCAGUGCUUCUGGUCACGGACAACCCCAAUUCAACCCCCGUUUCACGUUAUCCACGACGGAGGGAAGCCCUGUAUGUUUCUCCCGUGGUUUUCACUGCAUUGCGAUCGGCGAUCCAAUCGUCAGUCCCAAAUCCCCACCAUGUGGCAAACAUCCGCAGCAUAACAAGGUGGAGAUCGAAGCCAAGAAGACGACGAGUCUGAAGAAAAUCCUCGGAUUCCCUCAUUUCCCGACUACACCCCCAACCCCUUGCGCGUCUCCUGGAGCUACCCGAGCGUUGGUCACCAAUUCUCCCACUUUUUCCUCCCACCCCCCAUCAAAGUUUCGAUUUCACAAGUCUCAUCCCCCAUUUCCUCCACUCCCCCUCUCCCCUUUCCCCUCCCCCUAUUUUAUUUUUCCCAGCCCAAUUUAAAAAAAUCACCACCGUUCAACCACCCCUAUUUUAACAUAUCAUUUGAACAUCCCCUAUUUUAUCCCUCCCCUCAAUUCCCGUUGAUCACUAUUUCAACCUCCCCUCCAACCCCCAGAAAUUUGUGCGCAGUUGACCAUUGCGCAUAAAUCUAAAAGCACCCCUUGAGCCCUCUGGUGUAUCAUCUUGACAACCAUUGGAGGGAGUUAAAGUGGAGAAAAAGGGGAGGAUAAAAAAAGAGGGACGAAGAGUCGUCGUUUGUCCUCGCGUGUGUUAACGUCCACCUCGCCCUGUUUCACCUGUCGCGUUUCACCGGUUUCGGCCCGCCGUGGCCCAUCCGGCGUGUCAUUAACGGCUGCUAUUUAUCAACAAUCCCAUGAUUAACGUGUAGACAGUCUGUAAAAAGUGUGAGUGUUUGUGGUGCAUCAGUGAUUAAAAUAAUACAGGAUUUGAGAUAAGGAGGAGAUAACAAGUGGCCAGUAUGCAGAAGUACCGGACGGAUGUUGCCAUGAGCGACCUCUCACCCCUCGCGACCUUUCAACACCUCAAGUGAGACGUGAUACUUUCAGUUUGCCAAUAAUUGUUUGUUAUCGUUGGGUGUUAAUCGAAUGAUUUCGUUGUGCUGCAAUUUUUGAGAACAACCGACCUCAUUAUUUAUUUGUGCAUUGCCCAUUUAAAACAGUCCCUUUAACGCCUUAUUGGGAUUAAUUGGUUGGUGAUUGUUGAGAUUAAUGUGAUUACAUCGUGAAUUUUUUUUUGGAGUUAUGUGCACCAGGAUGAAGUCCAACGUCAUGCAGCUCUUCUUCUCCUGCUGGGCUAUCACAACUUUUAGCUUUGCAAUUGCCGCGUGGCAGGAGAAUGUCAGGCCGAAGAUGUAUGUCCAGCUUGGUGCGGAGGAUGUGUUCAGAUUCACUGGAAACGAAACCCACACGGACUACUUCCGGUUGAUGCUGAGGGAUGGAAACUAUCUUCUCAUUGGUGGAAGAAAUUUGGUGCACAAUCUGAGUUUAACGGAUUUAACGGAGCAGCAGAGAUUAACGUGGUACUCAUUGGAUAAAGACGUAAAGAUGUGCGCCUUGAAAGGAAAAGAGGAUGAAAGUUGCCAGAACUACAUGAGAAUAAUGGCAAAAACCGGUACAUCAAAUUUACUAAUCUGCGCAACAAAUGCAUUUAAGCCAAUGUGCAGAGAUUACGUGGUGCAGAGUGGAAAUUACACGAUGGCCAGUGAAAAGUCAGGACAGGCCCUGUGCCCCUAUGACCCACAGCAGAACAGCACAUUUGUUCAUGUUGAUGGUGAACUUUAUACGGGCACUGUUGCUGAUUUCUCGGGAAUGGAUCCGAUAAUAUACAGAGAGCCACUGCAAACUGAACAAUAUGACUCCAUGAGUCUCAAUGCACCGAAUUUCGUCAGUUCAAUGACCCAGGGAGAUUUCGUUUAUUUUUUCUUCCGUGAAACAGCGGUUGAAUACAUCAAUUGUGGAAAGGCUGUUUUCUCUCGUGUUGCGAGAGUGUGUAAAUACGAUCGCGGUGGUCCACAUCGUUUUCGGAAUAGAUGGACCUCCUUCCUGAAGUCUCGGUUAAAUUGCUCUGUCACCGGUGAUUUCCCGUUCUAUUUCAAUGAAAUACAGUCGACGACAGACUUGAUAUCUGGUCAAUAUGGAACAAUGUCUGCUCAACUUAUAUAUGGCACAUUCACAACACCAGUCAACAGUAUCAGUGGCUCAGCUGUUUGUGCAUUCUCGUUGCAAGAUAUUUCCGACACAUUUGAGGGUAAUUUCAAAGAGCAGAGUGCGAUUAAUUCAAACUGGCUACCAGUACAGAGUGCCAAAGUACCAAAUCCACGUCCUGGUCAGUGUGUCAAUGACUCCAGGACAUUGCCAGAUUUAACGCUUAAUUUCAUUAAAACGCAUUCACUGAUGGACGAGUCUGUGCCAAGUUUUUUUGGCCAGCCCAUUGUUAUUCGCACAAGUUUUCAUUACAGAUUUACUCAAAUAGCAGUAGAUCCCCAGGUGAAAACACCGGGUGGUAAAACGUACGAUGUCCUGUUCAUCGGUACAGACAAUGGAAAAGUGAUAAAAGCAGUGAAUGCCGAUUCUGCUGAUUCUCACGAGCGAGUGAGUCCAGUUGUGAUCGAGGAGAUACAGGCAUUUCCAGCAUCUGUACCAGUGCGUGGAAUUAAAGUUGUGAGGGCAUCUCAAGCGGGUGAUGGCCUCGAAGAUGGCAGACUUGUGGUAAUUGCUGACAGCCAGGUGCAAGCACUGAGACUUCACCGGUGCUACAGUGACAGAAUAUUGUCAUGUGGUGAGUGUGUCGCUCUUCAGGAUCCUUACUGCGCUUGGGAUAAGGAGGAGGGCAAGUGCAGAGCCCUUGUUGGUCCUGCAUCCACAGAUGCCACUAGAUUUUUACAGAGUGUUGCAACUGGUAUUCAUGCAUCCUGUCCACCCAGCAAGACACUUAAUAAAGAUGCUGGAUCUGUUGGGGCUAUCUCUGCUAAUCAGAAUAAGUUUCCGCAGGACUCUAUGAUAUCUAAUAAGGAGAGCCAGGGGGGAGAGAUUAUUAAUAUUAUGCAGGAUGAGGAGCAGAAUAAUUCAGGUCCUGAGGUUUCUGCAGCGGAUUCUCCAGUGCCGCACUACACCGUUGAGACAUUAGUGAUGGCCGUUGUUGCUGGUGCACUAGCUGCACUACUAGUUGGUUUCAUUGCUGGAUAUUUGUGUGGUAGAAAAUGUCGAAAAGAUGAGGACGACAAUCUGCCUUAUCCAGAUACGGAGUACGAGUAUUUCGAGCAGCGGCAGAAUGUUAAUAGGUUAGCACCAGAGCCAAAAUUACUUCCCCAGGAGGAAGUGACGUACGCUGAACCAGUCCUAGUCCCCCAGCCUCCAAAGCUACACUCACCAAAAGGAACAAUGAGAAAGCCACCACCAACACCAGCUGAAACUCUCUUUCAAUUUCCCGAUGGUUAUGGUUAUCGUGGACCCCGAGAUAACUUUGGUACACUGAGAUCCCAUCAGGGUGAUGCAUACAGGCGUAAUGAUGGUUUUGCAACAACGCGAAGUGUUAAAAAAGUUUAUCUCUGAGAAACGAGUGAGGAGGGAGGGGGCCGUCACCGUAGCUUAGGACGGCCAACGAGAAAUCGUCACAAUCCGACGUCAAACAGAAGUCGUGGUGUGACGCCAGGAGGACAAUCGAGCCGAGAGUUGACUGGACAGAGAACACUCGAGUCACCCUCGCCUCCCUCCAGUGUCUCGUCGAGUUCACCAUCGCCUCCCUCCUCAACACCAUCACCACCACCCACACUCUUACCAAUACCAAUUAACGAUGGUUCACCACCACCACCAACACCACCAUGUAGCUUCAUCUAUCGUUCAUAGUCCUCGUCGAGGGCACAGAGUGACGUUGUGAGAUCCGUUAGUGGGAAUACAAGGCACAUUUGAGCCCCCACCCAGGUCAUCUCCAUUUUUUAACAUUUUUUUAUUGCAUUUAUCCAUCAGUUUGUUGCAUUUUUAUUACAUUACGAUACGAAUACUCGUGAGGAUAAGCUUUCAUCGAUAUUUUCGGUAUAUUUUGCUUCCAGAUUUCGUUGUGCCAUUGGAAAUAUUUCAGUGAGCUAGGAGAGACGGUGAAGUUAGUCAGAGUGAGUGACGAGUUUUUCUCUUCUGUUGAAUAUCUGGUGAUCCCUGAAAGUAUUGGCUCCUGGGGAAGUAUUUUUAUAGAUUUUUUUUCGAGGGAAUUUUAUCAGUUAUAAAAACGCUCUUGUUUUUUUUUACCACCAUAUUGUAAAUUCGAGUUGUUUCCGAUUGUAUUAAUUCUAGCAAGAAAUAUCAAAAGACUUUUUUAUGAAAAGUUUUAAUUACCCACAAGAGGCCCUUCAAUGCUUCCCCACAAAUCGAUACGCUUCGAGGUGAAUCGAUAAUCAAUGAAAAUGUUAAACUCUAUUAAUCUCAUUUUACAACUUGACUGCUGAUUUAAUGGUGAAAAAAAAAACUUGGACACUGAAUAUUUUUAGCAUUAGGUUUUCGCUAGAUGAAACGCAUGUUUCAGCAAGUGCUUAUUGUAAAUUUCACGCAAUAUAAUUUACAAUUUUUUAUAUAAACGGUUAUCGUCCGAUAUUUGAGGCUGAAGAUCACUUGAGAUUGCUCCAAGAUCCUCAAUCACAGGGAGACUGUUUUUUCUAUCCACUAUCAAUAUGCGAGCUCUGUUUUUUCAAUAAAAAUUUAAAACCCCUCCAGAAUAGCUUGCCGACUGAAUUGGGGUUGUAAAAUAAAUUUAACGAGGAUAAACAUAUUUGUUUAACCCAUAUUUUGAGAACUGAAAUCUCACCCGAGAGAAUUCGAUGAGACACUGGGGAUUGAGCUGAGCCAGGAGAAAUUUUCGAGAUACUCCCGGUGAAUAUUUGAUUUUCAGAGGUUUAUACGAUGUUUCGGUUUUGAUUGAUUAAUGAAAAAACUCACUGGUUCGCUCUCCAGGUCCAAUUGAUGUCUCCUGGGGAUAAAUUCCAGGAACUCCAUGAUCUCCACGUUUUUAUUCGAUUACGAAAAAAACUUUUCGUACUGCGAGUCUUUCGGAGAUCGGCCAAAGCAUUUUGUUGGAUAGGAGGACAAGUCAAUUAACCGGUGAAUAUUAAUCCAUGAAUUUUACCACAUUUACAUCACUAAAAUCCUAAGGAUUUCUAGAUUUCUAGGACUAGUCGUAGACCCUUGUUUCAUUCACGCGAAUUUAUUGAAACACUGGUCACUAGGUGAAAUAUUAUUUCAAUCGAUAAGUCUCGAUUUACAUACCAAAUACGUAGAAACGAAUCGAUCUGAUUUUUUUUUUACAAUUUUUUAAUAUUACGAUUAAUGAAUUUUUUAUUACCCUUAUUUCCAUAAAAUCGUGGAGAUCGCUGCAUUAACGAAUACUCGAUUAUUUAAAGUACCAUUAACAUGACGUUACUAUAUGUUAGAAAUUAAAUUGAGGAAACGGAGACACGUCGUUACGGUAGAUGACAUCACAUUGUUGAUAAGAAAUGAUGAGAAAUAAAGCAACGGUUGAAUUUUAGUUUAUACUCACACAUAUACGUAAUAGAUGACAAGAAGAAAGAUAAUUUUUAAAAAAACUGAUGAAUGGAGUGAGAAGUUUGGGGGAAAGAUAACGAACUUUGUGUGAACGAGAAUAAUGCACAGGGCUUGUAUGUACAUAUGUAUCGUAUUUAAACACAUUAUACACCAGUUAAUAAUUAGUAAUGAUUGAAAAUAAUGAAUUGAUAAUGAAUAAUAGAUCAAUCCAUCUCUAAACUGGGAGGCCCCAAAUGACAUUUUGUGUAGAAAAAAAAAAAGAAAGAAAAAUCUAUUCUUAAAGUGCUUCUUAUUUCAGUGUGUUUAGAAGUAACGCGUAUGUGAUAUAUUCUAUAUGACGAAAAAAUGUUUUCUAGACAGUGAAUAAGGGACGAGAAUAACAAAAAAAAAAUGAUAAUGAACAAAAUCAAUGGGGAUUUAUUCUGGAGAUGAUAAUAAAACACAACGCGAUGACAAGAUCUUUUGUUCACAAAUCUGUAUUGUAUCUUCGGCUUGAUGAAAUGGAAAUGAAAGAAGUAGAAAGAAAUAAAUAAAAAAUUUCAAUUCUGUACUGUCGCCCAUCUGCACACCACCUCCUUUCAAUAUUUCCAUGUGAAAUCGAGAGGAUUUAAUCAAUUAAUAAGGCAGAGUGUAUGAUGAAAAUUUAUAAAUAAUGAAACAUAGAUUCAUGAAAGAAUCACCAAGAGUGCCACAUUAAAUGUGAAUUUUAAAAACGUUGAAAGAAGUAAAUAAUUACAGCAAAACAAUUUUUCUCGAUGAAGUUAUUGGUCGAGGUAGAUUUGAAAGUUCUCUGAUUAUUGAAAUAUUGUCAAUCAUAGCGUUAUUGUAUGUCCCCCAAGUACUGAUCGUUGACACUACUUGAAACUCAUCGGAUUAUGUGACAAAUGGUUAAUUAAAGAUAAUUCAUUUGAUACGAUUGACGAGAAAAAUUUUGUGAGCAAUAGAACUUGAAAUAACGCCUUGACUGAGCCACUGACACAAACACAUGUCACACAUUGUUUGAUGAAUUGAUCGAGUUUAUAUGAUUUUUACGGUAUUUAUUGAUAAGUAUAGUUCAAUGUACGAUCAAAUGUGUGAAAGAUCAAAGGUAAAUGAGACAAAGACUCACCAAUAAAGAUCUCCCUCAAAUAUUAAGACUGAAAGACCCUCUUACCAGGUGAGCCUUUGGUUUGAAUUUCUUUUUUUUUAUUUUCAAUUUAUUACUCCGAUAUUCAUUUGCAACGAUCACUAUUAUUCCAUUAUUUUUCCAUUUAUUUCUUACUUACCUCAUAGUACAAAUUUUUAUAUUGUUAGUUAUUGUUAAGUUCGGUACACGUUUUGCACGGCGUCAGGCUGCGAUAAUGUCAGAUUGAUCAUUGAUAAGGGCUAAUGAGAAUUGACUUUAUUAUUCUGGAGAAUUUUCACAGAAUUAAACGAAACAACCGUUGAUAAUCGUCAACAGGGUGGAAGUCACUCAGAUAAAUUGAUAAAAUUAAAAAAACACCGGGAGAUGAGGACAAAGUAAACGACAGUGUGAAUUUUGUACAGGAUGGAUAUUGAAAUGAUACUCGAGUCUCAUGUAAUUCGUAUACGAAAUGAAUGCACAAGUAUUUAAAAAGCCGAUCGAUGCAUGGAUAUGUGAAAAUAAAUGCCAAUACCGGAAUUGUUAAGGAGUAGAAUUUUUAUUAUCUUCAUUCAGUGGGAUAACACGACUAAUUGAAUUUUAUGGAUUUUUAUAUCACAAUUAUUGAUGUCGCUGUUGAAUUAGUGAAACGAGACUAAUCAAUUCUCACUCAAUUAAUAAUCAUUAAUUAUUAUCACUGCGACUUGAGUUGUCUCGUUUCACUCAUUGGGCAUGAGAGAAAUUUUGAAAAAAAAAAAAAUAUAUCAUUCAAUGCUGCCACGAAUUUCAAUGAAAAAACCAUCGUAACUCCUGAUGCACCUUAACAAUACAUUAAAAAAAAAAAUCAUUAUCAUAAAUCCGAAGAAUCCUAAUAACCCAUUGUAUCCAGUAAAUCUCGACUCAUGAUUUUCAUUCUCGUUUUUAAUAAAUUUUCUCAAUGAAUGACUCAGGCAUAAUACCAAAGAUAUUUAAUUGUAAAAAGGGAAUGAGCCAACGUUGGUCAUUGUGAUGGUUAUCGUUAGAGUCGCACAAAUGAGAAAAUAAUGCUGAACAAACCAGUGCUAUUAAUUUAUCCAGCCACAGCUGAGAUCUUUUGCACAAAUUAAUUAUUUCUAAUCAGAGAUCGAUACACAAUUGAUGAGAAUACCGGCACAAUUACGAUUAAUUAAAAAAAUAAUCCAUUCUACUGAUAAGAUUUCUAUCAAUCAUGUUGAUGACACACUGUUUGGGGGGGGUAAGGAGGGAGGGGGUGAUACGAUCUGAUGAAAUCCUCAAUCAAUGAAUGAAAAAUCGUGCUAAUUAUUGGAAUGAAACGGUGCACAUAACGAGGUAAUUAAAUAAUGUGUAUAUCAUGAGCUCUCAUGUUUUCAAUGCAAUGUUAAAAUCGUGUUCAUAGGGGAAAAUAAUCAUUUGAAAAUGUUCGGAGUGCUAACGAAAUCCAUCCAAAGACAGAAUUUUUUCAUCACAAUGUUGUUAAAAAUGUAAACCGUGCGCCGUUUUACUCUAAUUAUUUUUACCCGGGUUAUUGUGACUAUGUAAUUACGCUGAAGGUGAGGGAAUAAAUGAUAGCCCGUUAUAAAUAUAAAAGAUAAAUUCAAAAAUGAUAAUUUUAAAUUAAAAGAAAAAAAAAAUAGGUUCGAGGCUCUUUUUUCCUCUAUGGGAGCUUUUUAGGAAUGACAAGUAUGUAUGGAAUGUCAAAGUAAUUGACAAUUGGGGGGAGGAUUUUGGGAGGAAAUAACUAAUGGGGGGAGCUUAGGAAUAAAAAUAGGAGAUUAGAAAUUGAAAAUGAAAAAAAAAAGUAAACAAAAAAACGGUAUAUAGAACGCUUGAAACGUAUAUUAAUAUUAUAACUUUUUAUAAAUAUAUUUUUCCGUCGAAGUCUAGCCUAAGUAGAGGGACAUACACAGUUACGAAUGAUUAAUUUAUCUAAUCUGAGGUAUUAUAUGAAUGAGUAAAACCAUGGAACGAUGAUUAUAGUAUUAAUUCAUCACUAUAGGUAUCAAUUAGGUUUACAAAUUAGGGGGCAAGUUGUACGAAGAGAAAAAAAAAACUGUGAGUCAUUUUUUGAAGAGAUAAAAAGUACGGAGAGGAUUCAAAAGGAAUUUAGUACCUAAAGUUAGAGAUAAUGAUGUAGAGUUCGAUUAUGAGAACGUGAGAGUGGAAUCAAGUGGGGAAAGUUUUCUUGCAAGAAUUAUUAUAAAUAAAAUCAUCAACUUUGAUCAUUUAAUCGAUAGAUACUCUUGCCAAUGACGAUUUGAUAACUGACAUUGACGUACGUUCGAUUGAAUUGCAAUAGAACUUUCUUCUGUGGAGUUGUAAUAAAUCAUGAUUAUUUCAAUACCGAAAUCACAACUCAUUUGCCUGAUGAUGAAAUGGAGUAAAUUUCUCUGACAACAGUCGAAUCGCUUGUGUUUCAAUAUAAAAAUUAGAAAUUCAAUAUUAUUGCUAUUUGAAUGAUGAUUGAUGAUGGAUAAACGGUUGGGGAUGAUUGUAAAGAAAAAUCAUUAACGAUACGUGACACAAUUUUUUAACAAAAAAAUUAAUAAUGAGGAGAAUGAUGAACAAUUUAUAAACAAAAAAUUAAUUAUACUACAUUUAUCAACGAUAAGGUGACGAGAAUGUAACAUGUAUUUUGCUUCUUCCUAAUACAGUGCCGUUCUAUGCAUAUUUUUUACAGUAAAAAAAAAACGUACUUUAGACAUUGGGACUGAGAAAAAUAUUGUCCGAGCGCGUGUUAUAAUGUUGGAGAAUCAGCCACGUGUAGCUAUAGUGUAAUGAAUUUCGAGUGGGUCUCUGGGGUGUUAUAUCAUUUCGAAAUGACGAAUAAAUAAAAAAAUAAAUAGAAACAGCUUGAAAAAUUGAUAUGAGUCUCUGGUGCUCAUUACGAUGGGAAAUAGUCAGUUUCUUUAUUUUAAUUCAUUUCGAAACAAGAGUUUCUAUUGAUUUUUUUAAACGUUAAUGUGCAAUCAUGUAAAAUGCAAUGAAAAAGUGCGAUUUCGAUGAUAAAACCAGAGUGGCCACUUGAAGCCUUGACUUAAAUGUAAUGUCUCUAACUUUGUUACGACGACUUUUCGCAUUAAAAAAAAAAACGCGUUUUUGAAUUUGGAAUAAAAAUGAAAAAUGAGAAAAUUUGAUUCUUUAUCGAUAUCUAAUUACUCUCGAUAGAGAGAGAAUAAUAAAUGAAGAAAAAUGAUGGGGAAAAAUUUUAAGGAUGAAAAAUUAAUAAAUAAUCCAUUAAUGGAGGUAUCUUAUUGCCGCUAAGUAUAUUAUAUAAUGAACAUGAAAAAAAAAAUUAUAUUAUACAAUAAUAUCUUAUAACAUGAGGUAAAAAAAAAAAAACAAAAACCAAAAUAAAAAAUGCGCAAGAUAAAGUAAAAAAAAAAAGUAGUUGGCUGUAGACUGAGGUAGAAGACUUGGCACGUCUAUUAUUAAUUUUAAAAAAAGUUGAAGAAAAUUUAAAAAGUACAUUAAAAAUAUCAUAACGCGAAAAAAAAGGUACAGUAGUGAUUCACUAUGGCUGAUGUAGAGUGAAUGCAAAAUACAGGAAGCAUGCUGGUGGAGAAUAGUGGGGUCUGGAUGCAUUAAAAUUGUACAUCUAAAGAUUUAAAAAAAAAAUAAUAAUUACCCAUUGGUUUUAAUUCACCCAACAAUCCAUUUAUUUAUUUUUAACUCGUCAUAAAAAUAAUGGGUAAUCCGAGGUGAUUCCUCAGGUGGAAGUAUUUUUGCUUCGAGAGAUGAAAAUUACACGAAAAUGAUAAAAACUAAGUACAUAUUUACUUGAAUUCCACGUGUACAUACGUCUCAACUGAGACAACUCCACUGUUGACAAUUUAUUUAUAUGUUCAUUUACAUUCCUGAAUAAUUCUGGUAGACUGGAAUAUUCGACACAUGACAAAACAACUCCAACACAACUCCAACAGUGCGUGCGUCAAUUCACCAGAAGAAUAACAGAACUAAUUAAUUAACGAAUUAAUGAAUUACUAGAAAUUGCCAAAAAAAAAAACAAAACAAAAGCGUGCACUCAAAAAUUCUCAAUGUAAUUAAGAAUAAUUAGCACGAAUGGAUGGAAAGGGAUGAAGAAAUUCAAAGGGUGAGUAAAAGCUGAUGGAAUUAGUGCGUUAGCCAGUGGCAAGUGAUUGAUAACGAAUGAAUGACUGAAAGUCGAUGAUUCAAUUUAAAUAUCCAACGGACUGCUGUUCAUAGUGCCCUGUUAUAGUGGGUUUCGGGCAGAGAUUUGGCCGAGAAUUGAAUUAUUUUAUUCACUGAAUUUAUCCAACCGCUAACCAAUAUUUCGCUUAUGAAUUAUUUAUCGAAUCUCAUCGCUUACUUAUCAUUUAAUCACCAGCUGAAAAAUCUCUCAGCCCUCUGCCUGCGAAAUCCUGAUCUAUUUUUCAGAAUACGCUAUUGUGAUUAUUAUUACAUGAAUAAUACAUUAAAACGAGAAGGAGUAAAUAAACUAGUGAUUAAAUAAUUGAAAAGCAAUUCCGCUGGAGUGAGAUGAUGCUGUACUCGAGGGAAUGAGCAUUAGGCAUUGUUUACCUAUUAUUAAAACAAUUUUUUUAUUUAAUAAUGUUAAUAGCCUGUACUGAUGGUAAUCCGCAUUAUCUUUAGUAUAUCUUAGAGAGUGAGGCUGCAACUGUAUUAAUGAAUUAAGUACAACAUAUACCAUUAAUUCCCUACACUUUAUAUACGAAUAAUAUUAACUAAACAAUUAAUGAACAAA